AUGCCACUCGAUGUGUCCUCUUGUCUCUUCGAGACUCAACUCCCUAUUGAACGAGCCUCAAAGAAAACAGGCAUGGGUUGCUCUGUCACCACUAUCUAUCGAAUGGACCCGAAGAAGAAGAAGAAGAAGAAGAAGAAGAAGAAGAAGAAGAAGAAGAAGAAGAAGAAGAAGAAGAAGAAGAAGAAGAAGAAGAAGAAGAAGAAGAAGAAGAAGAAGAAGAAGAAGAAGAAAACAGACACGGCAACCCAUGCCACCCAUGAGUCCCGAAGAGACAAGAGGACCUAA